AUGGGGAUACAGAAAGUAACAAUUAUUCAAUACAGACCUGAAGCUAAUGGAUUAUGUGAAAGAGCAAACAGGAAAGUGCUCGAAGCUCUCAGGAAGACUGUAGGUGGUAAUGAUAAAAACUGGGAUAGAUAUAUUGAUGUUGUUAGAUAUAAUAUUAACACUAUGGUUUGUGAUUCCAUUAAAACGUCUCCAUUUGAAGCUUUGUUUGGUUGCCAAGCACGAGGCACAUUUGAUCUGCUAACUAUACCUCAUCAUAGAGAAGAUACAAUCGAAGCAUUAAUUUCCACAGUGAAGGAGAGGCACACUUGUCUCAACCGUAAUCUCAUGGCCACGACCCGAGAAAUGGUAGAAAGAAGUAAUAGUAGAACAUCUGAUGUUAAAAUCAAAGUUGGAGAAAAGGUAUUUCUAAAAAUCAAUGUGAGAAAUGAGCUAAAUUACAAAUUGGGUCCGAAAUUUGAAGGUCCUUUUAGAGUCGUUGAGGAAAAGACUGGAAACGGAUUUAUAGUCUUAGAUGAAAAAACAGGUCGGUCAAAAUUAACUCAUAUCAACACUGAAGAGAGUUGGUUGUGGUAA